AUGAAGGCAGCAAGAUACUACGCCCCAGGAGACGUCCGCGUCGAACAGAUACCCGAGCCCGAAGCAAAGUCGGGCCAAGUGAAGAUUUCUUGGAAUGGGAUUUGCGGAAGCGACCUUCACGCAUACUUGACCCGAAUUUCCAAGUUUCCAACCUUGACUGAGGCAAAUGAGCUAUCUGGGGAGACACUUCCCAUUACUCUGGGCCAUGAAAUCUCUGGCACCAUCGUAGAUAUUGGAGGCGGCUUCGACAGCAAAUUCCAAGUCGGACAGAAUGUUGUAAUCGAACCGAUUAUUUCAUGCCGCAAACGCGACUGUCAUUGCUGCUCGAACAAUCUGAGCAAUGUGUGUCCUCUUACCAAUGGGACUGGAAUCGGAGGUUGGGGCGGUGGGCUUUCGGAGUUCAUCGCGGUCGAUGCGCGUCUUGUUCAUAUCCUGCCCAAGGCAAUUUCUCGGGCCAUGAUCGAACCACUCGCCGUCGCCUGGCACGCCGUCAAACGCUCUGGCUUUAAACCCGGCCAAAGUGCGCUCAUAGUCGGCGCUGGACCUAUUGGCUUGUUCCUUUUGAAAGUCCUCCGGUCGUUCGACCCUUCCACCACCAUCAUCGUCUCCGAACCUGCCAAGAUCCGACGCGAGCUUGCUUUAAAGCACAGUGCAACGCUUGCCCUCGACCCUUCCUCCUUGUCCACUCCUGUCGUCGAUGCCGUCCUGCAGGCGACGCACGACAUCGGCGUGGACGUCGCAUUUGAUGCUGCAGCUGUCCCUUCUGCCGUCGACGCUGCUCUGCUCAGUGUGCGCCCGCACGGCCUAUUCGUGCUUGUGGGUAUUUGGGAAGAGAAGCCGCGCGUGGAUUUGAAUUUGGUCGUGUUGAGAGAGAUUACAGUUACUGGUAGCGUUGUUUAUCGCGACGACCAUCCGGAGCUGUUGGAGGCGGUAGAGUCUGGGAAGAUAAAAGGACUCGAGGACCUCAUAACGCGAAAGAUUGCGCUUGAAGACGUGGUCGAGAAGGGGCUGAAGGCUUUGAUAAAUGAGAAGGACGAACAGAGUAAGCUGGCGCUCGGCAUCAUUCACGCUUUGUUCACUUCUAUUGACGUCCUGCUUUCCGGUUUGCUGUACAGUCAAAAUCCUCGUUCAUCCGUGAUUGAGGAGAAAGUGUAUGUGACUGCAGGGCGCCUUUCAAUAUUGACUUAG